AUGGUUAUAGAACCAGUGAUCAUGAAUGCAGAAAAGAGUGAAUUCGUUCGUGCGGGAUUUGGAGGACGGCUUCGUGCGCCACCGGCCCACCGCGCGCCUCCGCCAGUCCGCGUCGAUGGGCGCCUCGACGUCGUACAACGAGGUGAUACCGCCGCCCCUUCCGCCGCCGCCGCCCGCCCUCACCCAGGGCCGCCGCGUCGACAGCUCCCUCAGGCGGUUGGAGAGGGCGCACGACGACCUCUUCCAGUUGUAGCGCACGAGGCAGCGCAGGUAUGCGCGGUUCCAUUGAACGCGGUG